AAAAAAAAAAAAAAAAAAAAAAAAACCGAAGUAUUGCCUUUCGUGGUCGCUGCCUCUUUUCCUUCCAGUUCUCCCUUGCCAUCGCCCGUGGCUCCCGAUCAUCGCGAUGAAGCACACUAAGCCAGUCUUCUCUUUCCUAUUCGUUGCACUUAUCUUCUCCUGCUCGUCCCUCGGCUUCCAAUCCGAUGAACUAGUCAUAGACGAUGAAGAGUUCGGCAUCGAGGGCGGACGCGCCACUGAUCCUGUGCACGCAAUACCUACUUCAACCCCUGCGAGUCGCCGGCGCGUGGAUCUGGAUUCUUCUUCAGAUUCCAAGUCGGUGCAGUUUACGCUCGAGCACGCCUUCGGGGAUUCGGCCUACUCGCCCGCCGGAACCUUCACCGCGCGUCUUAAAACCUGGAGUCAUGGUGGAAAGACCCUUACAAAGUUGCGCUUUUCAAGGAAUGGACUCACAGAUGCAGAAAAGGAUGCUUUUAAGAGGCUUUUGGAAGAAGAUAAUUUUUAUACAAUAAGAGUGCCUUCUAACGUGCUGAAUCCUCCUGGAAAAGGCUAUAUUUUGUCAUCUGUGCCGGCUAGGUGUAUUCCUAGGGAAAGCUUGGAUGAACACUUCGUGAUCCAUACGGUACUUCCUGAAACUUAUCCAGAUAACUGCUUUGUUCCCCAAUUUCCUGUUUUUGUAUUUGUUUUAAAUAUAUUUGGGAAGAUGUCUCUUGGCUAA